UGACGUUGUAUCCGGAGAAAUUAAAGCUAAUGUUGCACAUAAUAUAAUUGUAAAUGAACUGCUGGUAGCUUUACGAAUGGUUGACAUGUUUAGUCCAUUUGGUCGAUGUUAGGGAGAGUAACCUUAAGUGUUGUCUCUACCCGGACAACUAUAUAGUUACAUAUGGCAGGGGCAGUUCAUUGUUAGCCUACCGUUAGCUUUAGCCAUGCUCUCAGACUCCGCUUUCACCUGUCUUCUGGGGUUGUGGCUUGCUUGCGACAGGGACCACAGCUACUAGCUAGCUUCAUAGCUAGUAGCUGAGCAUAUUUUCAGUAUUAACGUUUUUGUUCCAAUUUGUGCUUUGGUGUUUGGUUUUCUGUCACAUUCCGUGUACCAACGGCGGUCUGCAGAAACUGCACCUCGUUUGUUUUAACACGUAACAUUCGCUAUUAGCUUAGCUAGCAAGCUAACAGCGGGCUAACUUUAAGGAGACGUCAACGUUUUUGAUGACAUUUAAAUUGGUGUUUACGUUGUCUUGACCCGGGCAGUAGAGCUGUACGUUAACUCCCUGAAGAAAGCCUAUCAUCGUCUGCUAACGUUUUUCACCACUCGAGUCAAGAACCGGAGCUUUCGUUUCUUUGGUUUGUGGUCAUUUGCCUGCCACGAUGGCUUCUUCCUCUGGAAACGACGACGACCUCACCAUCCCCAGAGCAGCGAUCAACAAGAUGAUUAAAGAAACUCUUCCUAACGUGCGAGUGGCAAACGACGCCAGGGAGCUUGUGGUCAACUGCUGCACAGAGUUUAUACACCUCAUAUCAUCAGAAGCCAAUGAAAUAUGCAACAAGUCCGACAAGAAGACCAUAUCUCCUGAGCAUGUCAUCAAUGCUCUUGAGAGCCUUGGUUUCGCAUCAUACAUCACGGAGGUGAGAGACGUCCUGCAGGAGUGUAAAACGGUGGCAAUGAAGAGGAGGAAAGCCAGCUCUCGACUGGAGAACCUGGGUAUCCCGGAGGAAGAGCUCCUCAGACAGCAACAGGAAUUGUUUGCCAAGGCACGGCAGCAGCAGGCAGAGCUCGCUCAGCAGGAGUGGUUACAGAUGCAGCAGGCCGCCCAACAGGCACAGAUGGAAGCAGCAUCUGCCAGCGCCGCCCAGCAGGCUGGUUCCUCUCAGGAUGAAGACGAAGAGGAUGACAUGUGAUCCCAGGACGCGGUUCCACUUGUCAGAAUCCCCUCCUGGGUCAGUGUUGGCACACAGAUCUCCCAGUACUGUCAUUGGCAGAGACAUGAGACGCGUUUGACCGCUGAUACACAUCAGUGUAAAAUGGAUACUGCACAUUGUUAUGGACAGUGAAGAGAAAAAGGGGGAUUUCAAGAUGGCCACACAUUCAGAUACCAGUACCUGAAAAUUAUUUGGAUUGAGAGGCUGUUAAUGAAGUUUUUAUUAAUCUCUUCUUCCCCCUUUUGUUUUCCAGUUGCUUCUGUUUAAUUAUGUCUUGACAUUAUGUUGUGAGUAAUUCGUAGAUUUUUUUGGAUGUGUUGUGGACUCACUGAUAGGCAAACAUUGCCUGGGAAAUGUCAGUGAAAUUUGGUGAUUGUCAGGUACUGCACCAGUUGGCUUACUUUCUUGUUUGUUGUACUAGAUCACUUUUGUUGGUUUAGGAGAACUGCUCUAGAAUAUUUUCAGAGCAGUUGAUUCCUCCUUUCUUGUGGUUUAACGGUCAUUUUUACAGAGGUUCCCCCCUCGGUAUAUUUGUUCAACAGAGAAUCAUUUGAGGGGUUGUGAAUAUAGGAUUUUUUUUUUUAAAGUAGUGAAUUUGACAUUUUGUUUCAUUUUAGCUCAUUCAGAUACUUUAUGUUGCAUUUUCUUUCAAUGUUGAACCACCCACAGUAUUGAUAAUUAGCCACACCUUUCAGAAACUGAAUAUUUUUGUCUCAUAGAACCAAAGAUAGUGGACAUACUAACAGCCCACAGUAAGUGUUUUUUAAAGGUGUAGGUGCUACUGUGAUUCUCGUCGCUGACUCCCAGUCAGUGCAAACAAUGUUAAGGAUUAUUAACCUUUGACUUUGUAAGAUGCUUUGAUAUCCUGGCUGAAUUUGUUAUUUCCCUUUUCCUCGGGUGCAGUAUCAAACAUUUGCGUUGUGACUGGUCAAUCCUCAGUGUAGCCUAGUUGUGACACAUUCACUCGCCUAUGCUACAAGUUGUAUUCUUUAAGCAAUAAAGGAAUCAUGUUUUAUACA